AUGGGGAAGACCAAGGACGCCAAGGAGGACAAGAAGCGCGAGAAGCGCGAGAAGCGGGACAAGAAGGCGCUCGAGGCGGCGGCGACGACGACGACGAAGAAGAAGCGGAAGACGGAGGAUUCGGAUUCGCGGGAGACGACGGAGAAGAAGAAGAAGAGGAAGAAGUCGACGAGCGAGGCGAGGGAGGACGUCGAGGGUGAAGAUGCGAUCGAGGUGGGGACGCCCGAGCCCGAAGAGCCGAACCCGUUGGCGCUGGAUAAUUUCGCGCUGAGCGAGCCGGUGAAGGCGACGCUGCGGAAGAAGGGAUUCGACGCGCUCUUCGCCAUUCAAGCCGAGACGCUGGAGAUCGCGCUGAGUGGUAAGGACGUGGUCGGACGCGCGCGCACGGGGUGUGGGAAGACGUUGGCGUUCGUUUUGCCGAUCGUCGAGGAGAUGGCGAAGAUUUCGCCCAUGCCGGCGAACGGGCGCCGCGUACAAGGUCGUCGGCCGAUGUGCGUGGUGCUGGCGCCGACGCGCGAACUCGCGAAACAGGUGUUCGCCGACUUUGACUGGAUAGGAAACUCGUUCGGGUUUAAGUCCGUCUGUGUGUACGGUGGGACGCCGUAUCGCGAGCAAGAGAUGGGUUUGCGCGGCGGGUGCGACGUCGUCAUCGGUACUCCCGGACGCAUGAAGGAUCAUUUGGAGCGCAAGACGUUGAUGAUGGACAAGCUCAAAUUCAGGGUGCUCGAUGAAGCCGACGAGAUGUUGAACAUGGGAUUCGUGGACGACGUCGAGUUGAUCUUGAAGAGCUCCGGAGACGUUCAGACACUGCUUUUCUCGGCCACCUUGCCCCCGUGGGUGAAGGACAUCGCGAAACGUUUCUUGAAGCCAGACUACGCCACGGUUGAUCUGGUCGGCGACCAAAAGCAAAAGGCGAGCGGGGCCGUCCAGCACAUGCUAUUACCUUGUCAAUGGAGCGAUCGUGUCGACCUCGUCUGCGACGUCAUUCGUUCCAAGGCCCCGGGCGGCGGACGCGUCAUCGUGUUCUGCGAUACCAAGCGCGACUGCGGCGAGCUCUGCGACAACUUGCAAAAGGAAAUCCCGAAGGGUGCGAAGGCGCUUCACGGCGACGUCAGCCAAGGUCAGCGCGAAGUCGUCUUGGCUGGUUUUCGAGAAGAUAAGUUCCAAGUCUUGGUCGCCACCGACGUGGCGGCGCGAGGUUUAGACAUCACCGGCGUCGAGCUCGUGAUUCAGUGCGAACCGCCGAAGGACGCCGAGACGUACAUUCACCGCUCGGGUCGCACGGGACGCGCUGGGGCCACUGGCAUUAGUGUCACGCUGUGCACGCCGCGUUCCGAAUGGGCCGUACCGAACAUCGAACGAAAAGGCGGAUUCAAGUUUGUUCGCAUCGGACCGCCGCAACCGGCGGAGAUGGCAAAGGCGGCGGGAAAAAUUGCGGGAGAGCAAAUCCGCAAGGUGCACAAGGGCGCCGCAAAGCUCUUCAUGGACGUCGCCCGAGACUUACUCGAGGGCGAAGAUAGCGAUAGUGAGGAAGGUCGCGAUCCGGUUGAGGUGCUCGCCAUGGCGAUCGCCAAGCUCGCCGGCCACGGCGAGCUGAGACAACGGUCGUUGUUGACUUCUCACUCGGGCCAGACGACGCUGUUGUUCACCGCGGGCGAGACGCAAAUCAGAACGCCGACGUACGUGUGGAACUUCUUGCGUCAACGCAUGGACGAAAACGAUUUGCAGCUUCGUCGCUUAACAUUGAGCGUGGACAAUAUGGCUGCGGUCUUCGACGUGCCCUCUGAGCUCGCCGAUAAGUUUUGCGCCUUGUCCGAACCCGCAUCGAGCGGCAAGUCUGCCGUGUCCAUCACCGCGUGUGAAGAAUUACCAGAGCUGAGAGGAAGGUUUGGCGGGCGAGGACGAGGGUCGCCGGGAGGUCGUUUCGGCGGUAGAGGCGGCGGAAGAGGUCGAGGACGCUAUUAG